AGAGAGCGCUUGAACUCGGUCGCUUCCCUGUGUAUCGACUAGUUCGUUCCUAACGAGCUGGUUCGGUUCAGUUCAGUCCAUCUCUAAUCCACUCGGGAGCAGCGACCAAUACGUAUUAAUUUACGUGAAAAACUUGUGUUUAAUUUCGAAACAUAUCAUAAAAGGAGAAAUCCCUCUAUCAUAAUUCUGCCUUCUCAUAAUUGCUUGCAGGCUAAACACUGAAUACAAAGCCACUUCAACAUGAGCACACCCACCGACCAAACACCGCGCUUUGAUAGCGCCGAGACCAACAGCUCCGAAGGAUCUUCACAACAGCAGCAGGAGCAACCGCAGCAAUCUCGAUCACAAAAUGUACCGGCCAAGCUCUUACAGCAUUUCCAGACAAACCGCAUAGAUUCAGCGCUCUGGGCUCUGCGCCUGCUGGUCAUCUUCUUCACCGUCAGCUAUGUGCUGCCCAUCUUCACUUCCCAACAAAGCGCGUUCAGCAAGGUCCUGUUGGCUAAUGCGGCCAUCUCUGCCCUGCGCUUGCAUCAAAGGGUGCCCGCGUUCUCCUUCAGCCGGGAAUUCCUUGCACGACUGUUCGGCGAGGACUCUUGUCAUUAUAUGAUGUACUCCUUGAUCUUCUUCAACAUCCGCCCAUCGCUGCUGGUCCUAAUCCCCGUGCUGCUCUACUCGGUUCUGCAUGCCUCCAGCUACUCGCUCAAGCUGCUUGAUCUAAUUGGCCAGAACUCAUGGUGGGGUGCUCGUUUUAUCAUCUCCAUUGUCGAGUUCCAGGCAGCCAAUAUCCUUAAGGCCACCGCUUUCUGUGAGAUCUUCAUCAUGCCCUAUGCCAUUGUGCUGACUUUUAUGAGCCACGCAGGACUUAUGACCCCUAUCAUUUACUAUCACUAUCUGGUGAUGCGUUACAGCUCGCGUCGUAACCCCUAUCCGCGCACCGCUUUCGCCGAGCUUCGCAUAACCUUUGAGGCCCUGGCUGCCCGCUCGCCGCCCGCUGUGGCCAAGAUCAUCCGCGGAGGCAUUGGGUUUAUUAACCGUCUAGCGCCGCAAGCACAGCCGGCCUCUGCGCAACAGUAAAAUAACAAGCUGUUAGCGGAAAACCAUUAUCAAAUGACAUCUGAAUAAGCCUAUUUUAAUAACAAUCCAUUAACAGGAGAUUGGGGUACAUCCGCUUUAUUUGUUAGUCCAAAUUCGUUGCACCUAUUUUAAUCGAGGUUCUUCGCAGCCUCGUUCUUUUACACCGGAUUGUUUCAACAUUUCAUUUUUAAUUUAAUUAUGUAUUAUUUUAAUAACUGAGUAAAUUAUGCUUUUAUUAACCACACAUUAUGUUGCCGCACACAAAGUGCGCCAUGGAAGAUCAACAUUCAAGGCGCGUAUUAUUACCAUUAAAUCCCAAACAUAUUGGCUUAAUUUGUUUUGCUUUAACUUAUAUGUUAAACCAAAUGAUCAAACUCAAAGGCUAUUAAUAAUGUUUACAAAUAUGUAUUUUGUAUAAAUGUGAAAAGUUACUAAGAACAAAACAGAAAGUAAAGUAAAAUUAAAUAAACAAAAUCGUACGAGAUAGUUAAGUUUUCAUGAAUGAUGUCUACCCUUACUCGUAGGCAAAAAAUUAUUUAUUGUAUUUGUUGGAAAGUACAGGUAUAAGAAACUGUUUCCGAUCCCAUAGUAAACACAAUUUUGAUACAUUAGGUCGGUCUUAAAAUACAUUAUAUUGUCACUUUUUCACUUGGUAGAAUAAAGUGUGCAAAAUAAGUUUUUGA